AUGGCCUCUUCCUCGUUUCUCGACCAGUAUGAAUCGCUAGAUGUGAUAGGAAAUGGGUCCUUUGGUAUCAUUCGCAAAGUUCGACGGAAAACGGACGGCCUCGUAUUCGCCCGGAAGGAGCUCAACUUUGAGAGGAUGAGCGAGCGAGAUAGGAAGCAGAUUGUGGCGGAAGUGAACAUCUUGAAAGACCUGCAUCACGACCAUAUUGUACGAUAUCAUGACCGCUAUGUUGAUAGAGACGCCGGCAUUCUCUACAUACUCAUGGAAUACUGCGGCGGAGGCGACCUUUCCACCGUCAUCAAGCAGGCUACGAAGCAGAACCGCCCCAUACCUGAAGACACAAUCUGGAAUUACUUCCACCAGAUCCUACUCGCACUACAACACUGUCACCACCCCGGACACGUACGAUCAGGGAGUGGGUCGGGCGGAGAGUACGACGGACCGCCGAGAAGGGCACAGAUCCUGCAUAGGGAUCUCAAACCGGACAAUGUUUUCCUGGACGAAAACGGCACCGUCAAGCUGGGCGAUUUCGGGCUUUCGAAGGCCCUACCUCAGGCGAGCUUCGCGAACACCUACGUCGGCACGCCGUACUACAUGUCCCCGGAGCUGAUGCAAGAGAAGGCUUAUGACUCAAAGUCCGACAUCUGGUCGUUAGGCUGCCUCAUUUACGAACUCUGCGCUCUAAAACCCCCAUUUCACGAAGCCAAGACGCAUUCGGAGCUGAGCAUCUUUAUUCGCAACGGACGGAUCCCACCAUUACCUAGAGGGUAUUCUCAGACACUCGCGCAUUGCAUCAAGUCAAUGUUGAACUUGAACCCCGCUAUGCGCCCAUCAGCCGCCCAACUUCUCCAACAUGAGCGCAUUGAUAUGGCCUCUAAGGUUUCCGAGGCUGAAAAAAUGCUCAGCAUCGUAAAAGCCCAUCGCGCGGACCUGACAACGAGAGAACGCGCCAUCAUUGUCCGCGAAAAUGCCUUCAACGAAAAAGAACAACGAUUUGCCGACCUCCUCUCCGCCAAAGACCAAGAAAUCACGUCCUUGAAGCAGAUGCUCGCACAGAUGCAGUCCGAAGCUGAAAGGGCCGUCAAGGCUGCCGUUGCUGCCCGAGAAGAGGAACUACGCAUCCUGGUCACCCAGCGCGAGGCAGAGGUUGGGCAGGCCAUGGCGGAGCGGGAGGAAGAGGUCCUUAGGGCGGUUAGGGAGCGCGAGGCGGAGAUUUGCAACGCGUGGGUGAAGCGGGAGGAGGAGAUUCGGAAGGACGUCGAGGAGAGCUUCAAGGCGAUGGAGGAACGGUUGGAGUGGGCGGCGAAGAGGGAGGUCGAGCUGAAGGAACAGGAGAGGAAGCUUGAGGAACGUAGGGCGGAGGUGGAGAAGAUGGAGGCGAACAUUGCAGCCGCGAAUACCGCCGCGAAAGGACGAAAAGAAAAGAGCCCUUUAGAAGAAGUCAAGAACGUCCUCGACCCGUUGUCUCGAGUUACCCAUUCACAAGCGACACCCACCCAACAACAACCCACCCAGCGCAGGCGCAACACCAAGACCGACAUCGUGCCACCUCCCUCUAUUACGACUGCAACCACAUCCAGCGCAACCCAGCCCACGCCUCGUCCCGCUUACCACCCACCUCCUGUGCCAACACCUCUGCGGAUCCCUUCUCUCGAAACGCCUAUAUCGCGGCCUACAUUCGCUGGGUUCAUGCCACCCCUAUCCGCUAUGAAGGGCGUCGUGUUGACUGCGACCGGCGAGACUCUCGCUACCCCCUCUCCAGCUGAGCUCGUCAGCCUGCUCAACUGUUCGCCCAGAGUCGGCCUAAACUUUGCCCGGAUAUUCGACUUUGAAGAGCGAAAGACAGAUGCAACCAUAACGAAGGAGAAGGCAUCCGACGUACUGGAGAGUCCGAGCCCGCCGCCCAGUCCUAGUGCGAGGAAGGAGAGAGAUCGCCUAAGAGAGCGCAGAGCGAAGGAGAAGGAACGAGAAGCCGAGAAGGACGAUGAAGACGAGAGCAGCGGAUCGUCCACAGCCACGACACAGCAACAACAAACACCUCAGCAACUCGUCCCGCCGCCCACAAGAAUUAGGCGGCCGUCAAUACGAACGGCGCACCGUACGUCGAGAAAGGGUACUCUACCUACCUCCACUUCCGAGCCUGCCGUUGGGUCCUCCUCAUCUUCCGCGUCUGCAUCGUCAUCGACGCAGACUAUGAAUGCGAAACCCCUUCCGCACCCACACCUGCGGCCUUCGACCAGCGCCACAAACCUCAAUGCCCUGACUCGUGCAGCGAGUUUACCCAUCUUGCCCAUUCCACCGCGAAACCACCCUUCGCCUCAGUACGACUUCGCAGACGAGGAAAACCUGCCAAGUCCAUUCUUGCGGAAGGUCGAGAAGAACGCCGCUGCUAAGGCAGGGAAGAGCGUGUCGAGUAUGCGGCUCUUUGGCGACGCUGCUUCCUCGUCUGGAUCCGCGAACGGCACUACAAAUGCCCACGCAAGCUCCGCGACGAGCUCGAGUUCAUCGUCUGCUUCGACAGCGACUAUGGUCUCGACGUCUUCCUCAGCCUCGAGCUCGACAAAGGUGAAGAGGCGGCCAAGCAGCGGGCUCUUGCUUCGCGCAGUGGCGGCUGCGAACAAUGCGGGCCGACGGGUGGCGAAUUCGCAGACUGGCCCCAAUCCUCAUUCGCCAAUCGACGAUUCUACGACGCCUACGGGAGUCGAGUUCCCGUCAACGGAGCACGGAGAGUCGACUCAAAGAUCUUCAUUGGCCAAUGCCAGGAAGGCGACCGAGGAAGCGAGAAAGGCUCUCGUACGGUCGUGA